GCUUCAGGUAUCGACCUGCUUAAAUAUGAACUCUUUAGACCUACACCCUAAAAAUAUCUCUGUCCCUUUUUAAACUUUAAUAAUGUAAACCAAUCAAUGUGUGCGUUGUUUGUGCUACACUUCGCAUUCCAGAAUUUACUCUGCAGUACUACUGAGCUUGAGUCUCUUCCUUUGUUUCAGUUCCAACAGUGUUUACCUCACAUCCGCCCUGUUUUCGUUACUAUAGCAACUGAACGCUCUCUCCCAGCCUGAGCUUUGCAUUUUGCAGUGAACAGAAACAAUAUAUAAGGUGUGACAUUUCUGCCAAACAACAUCCUGGGCUCGAGCUCAUCAAAGCCUUGCUUUACAUGAUGUUAGGACCCCAUCACCUACAGAAAUGACUGAAAAGGGAUCGUCUGAAGAACACAAAUUAAGUCCUGUGGAUGUACAGCUUCCAGUUUUGAAAAGCAGCUCUGAAGAAGAUGGGACCCAGGCUGACUAUCUAGAUGAGCAAUAUAUAAAGACAGACUCAGUAAAUGAUGACUAUGGAGAUGUUAAGCAAGUUCAAGCUGCCAAAGUGAUACAGAGGACAUGGAGAAGGCAUAUUGACACCCAUGUGUUUCAAUACUUCAAGGACUUGAUUAACUUCAGACAGAAAGGGGAUCCUCGCUUGCUUCUUAAAUAUGUCAAUCCUAGAGAAGCUGAAUUAUUAGAUUCUGCAGCAGGAAUCCAUAUAAGAUUUAGGCUGUGUGGAAUCAAAUUUCCUCCAAGUAUCUAUUACAAGAUAUUCACCCACCGGCCCAUUGUGGAUAUGUGCGCAAACAGCCCCAAAGACUACACUAAUGUUGCUUUAAAACAGCCUGUGCCCAAACAAAUCCAUAAUCGAUGGAAAGCUGCAGAAGAUGAUCAAGCUGGCUGGUAUAAACGAAUAGAAAACAAUGGCUGGAGGCUGCUCUCUGACAAGAUUAGCUCAGUGAUGGGCACAACUGAAUCUGACACAAAAACAAUCGAAUUUCAUUACUCUAAAAUCCAGAGGCGCCAGCAGGUAGAAAGAAAGCGUAAACAGAAAAAAAUUGAAUGGAUGAAAAAGAUGUAUCACGAAGGUCUCCUACAGGCACGUACUGACGACCCAGACACAGCUGUUCUGGUGAAGAGAGCAACAGAAGGAAUGAUUGCUGCAGUGGACCAGAACGGGGCACACUCAGUGCUGGAGUGGGAAGUGGAUGAAUUGCUGGAGUGGACUAAUUCACUCAACUUUGAAAAGUACAUGAAUAAAUGGAAGGAAAUGGGACUCAGUAACUCGUCAGACUCAUAUAAAGGUUCAAGAUUUAUUUUCUCUGCAUACGACCAAUAUGAGUUCACAAAACUCUCAGAGGUGGACAGCUAGGCAACAGAGAAGCAGUACUGCUAUGAACCUUCAUACACACCCAAGCAGUGCAAACUUUACAACUCAGCCUUUACAUAAUAAAUUGAGCAAUGCAGAAUACUAUUUCUCAACAAAAUCUUUGAUAGAUUUCAUUUUCUUUGAAUUGCCAUUGUUUUAUUUGUAUUUUAGUUUCAUGUUAUUGCACCAUGUGUUCCAUUAUUAUGCACACUGCUUAAAAAACAUUACUGACAAUAAAGCCAAAACAACUGGACAAUCCCUACAGCGCAGUACAUCAAAGGCUAAUUAAGGUAUCACAAACAACCGAGAAAAGACCAUGUGUUUGUUUGUGUGUCAUUUGUUUGUUGUGUGUGUCAUGAAAAUGUUUUUGAAAGUCAAGUAUAGUUCAAGGCAAUUUCAAACUCCUGGAGGGUCUGGGACUGCAGAUUGAUAAGAUAAUUGGUUCUUUUUUUAUUUUUUAAGAGAACAUAUGUUCUAUGAAUAAGAGUAAGUAGCGGUGUUCCGAAAAACAUAGCGUUAUCCGUCCGCACAUGCUGCUACAACUGUUUAAUUAACAAACCUGUAAUGUUUCUUUUCAUUGUUAACAUCCUGACAACUUUUUACACUUCUAACUUUGAAGUGUGUUUCAAAGCUCUUUUCAAAAUGUCUGCUCUAGAGCACUGAUAGCGUAAGGGUUAUUGCCCACAUUGUUAAACAGGUAACACAGCAAUAAGAUCCAUGAUGUAGUACGGAACAGAAAAGCCAGAGCACUUAUUAUGUUUUUUUUUGUUGUUGUUGGUUGGGUUUUUUUCUAUCGCUCUUCCUGCAGUGAUUCAAACCCCACUGCACUAGAGCAGACAUUUUGAAAAGAGCUUUGAAACAGACUUUAAAGUUUUAGUGAAAAAAAGUUGUCAGGAUGUUAACAAUAAAAAGGAAAAAAAUGACAGGUACAUUAUUUAAACGUUUGUAGCAACACGCGGGAACGUGUAACGCUAUAUUUUUUGGGACCCCGCUACUUACUCUUUUAAGGAGAAUUAGCUGAUGUGCAGUCAUUCCCCUUACUUAUUAUAACACAUAUUUUUGCAUAAGAAAACAAGUGUGUCGUCUUAGAUACGAAUACAGAUCCUAUUAAUCCAGUAAUACUGACCGAGGGACAAUGGAAAAAAAAAAGAUAAACACAAUUAUGCAUAUGCAUAGACAAGGAUACUAGAUGUAUACAUGUGAUGUCACAUUGUAUGUGGACCUCUCGUUUUUAAGCAAUCUUUCUAGACUGGUCCAUGCUUUUUUCCAGUCAGUCUUGAUGAGUUGAGAUCAGUUGUUAACACUCUGCAAAGUUCAGUUGGGUAUAGUGGAGCAGCGCCGCCUAGUGGUGAAGUGUUCUAUGUCUUAAAUUUGUUUUACAAUACUGGAUUAACCCACUAGAGGUCGUCCCACCAUGCAAGUAUUUCUAGUUAACUGGAAACCGUAUACAGUAACAAUAAAAGUGCCUCCUUAGCACCUUGUUGGGUUAUAUAAAAUCUAAUUUAUUAAUGUUUGUCAAAUGUGUAUAUGUAAGAUGUACAGUACUGCUGCACAGAAAUUAAAAAAACACAUUCUUAAUCAAUAAAUGUUUUCAAGAGAAAAAAUAAAAGCAAUGUCUACCCAUCACAUUUGACUUUUU